AUGAGCGCUGAAUCCAAUCAACCGGUCUUGUCCGAUGCGACUGAUUUGCAUGAUCGAGACUACUCCGACAAACAAUUUUACGAAGCUUCCAAUGUUUCCCAUGUCGAAAAUGCGAAUUCCACCGAUAAGCAAAGUCGUAAAGCCUCUGAUGAAUCAGAGGUAGGUUUCGACCCGGUACCCCAUGCCAAAUCCGAAGGGAGCACUCGACGCGGUUUAAAAUCUCGACAUGCACAAAUGAUUGCAUUGGGCGGUACCAUUGGUACUGGAUUAUUCGUCGGAAGUGGACAAGCUCUUUUCGCUGGAGGGCCUGCCUUUCUCUUUCUUGCUUAUUGUCUCAUCACUAUGUUUGUAUAUGGUAUUGUGACGGCUACAACAGAAAUCAGCGCAUAUAUGCCGGUUCAUGGAAGCACAAUGGCGUCAUAUGCCUCUCGUUACGUGUCUCCCAGUCUUGGGUUCGCUAUGGGUUGGCUGUAUUGGUAUUCUUUCGCUAUCGUUGUUCCCUACGAGAUUACGGCGGCUGGAUUGGUUAUUGAUUAUUGGCCGAAUGAUGUAAAUAUCGCUGUGUGGAUCACUAUUCUUCUCUUGAUCAUCAUCGGGUUGAACUGCUUUCCAGUUAAAGUGUAUGGAGAAACUGAGUUUUGGUUCGCAUCUCUGAAAGUAUUCAUGAUCAUCGGUCUGUUGAUACUUUCUUUCAUACUCUUUUGUGGUGGAGGACCAUCUCAUCAGCCACUUGGAUUUCAUUACUGGAAAGAUCCAGGAGCGACUAAAGAAUAUCUUGUCGGCGGAUCCGCGGGAAGAUUUUGCGCUUUUUUGUAUGUUCUAGUCUUCUCCUGCUUUUCCUUCAACUUCGCACCCGAAUUACUUGUUAUUACUGGAGGUGAAAUGGAAUCACCACGUCGCAAUCUCCCAACUGCCGCCAAACGAUACUUCAUCCGACUUCUCAUUUUCUACAUUGGCGGAACUCUUGCAAUAGGCGUCAUUGUGAGUAGCAAUGCACCAGGGUUAAUUGGCGGUGGAGCCGGUGCAACAUCAUCGCCUUGGGUUAUAGCAAUCAAGAAUGCUGGCAUCUCCGGGUUAGACAGCGUCAUCAAUGCGGUAAUCAUUACUUCUGCAUGGUCUUCGGGGAAUUCCUACCUCUACAUGUCAAGUAGAUCCUUGUAUUCCCUCGCACUUUCUGGCAAUGCACCAAAGGUAUUCAAGAGAUGUAACAGAUGGGGUGUGCCUUAUCCAGCGCUAAUCGCCAGCUCCAUGUUCUCACUUCUGGCCUAUCUCAACUGCGCUAGUAAUGGAAUACAAGUUUUCAACUGGUUCAUUAAUCUCACCAAUACGUCUGGAUUCAUCUCCUGGAUUUGUUGUUGUGUAGUCUUUUUCCGGUUUCGCAAGGCAUGCGUUGCACACGAAAUCACGGAUCUACCAUACAGAUCGCGUUUUCAGCCUUAUUUGGCUUACGUCUCGAUCUGCGCUUUUACGAUUCUUCUUCUUUGUAACGGAUUUAGCGUUUUCUUUCAUGGUAAAUGGAGUGUGUCGUCUUUUCUCACCGCUUAUAUCGGUCUUCCUAUUUUCCUUACCAUCUAUUUUUGCCAUCGCAUAUUUCAUCGGUCAGAUGAAUGGAUGUUGAAGUCAGCUGAUGUUGAUAUGAUGAGUGGUUUAGAAGAGGUUUUGGCUACUGAGACUGAUGCUCCUGUUAGAGCAGGUCCUUGGUAUCACAAUUUAGGGAAGAUUUGGGAGUAA